AUGUCCUCAGGCCUUAAAUUCCCUAAACCAUCCGACAUCCGUUCACACAACUAUCUUCCAUUUGCUUUUCGAUGUCCUGUGCGUUUUAAAUUUAAACCAUCCGACAUCCGUUCCAAGCUAUCUUCCUUUUGCUUUCGAUGUCCUGUGCGCCUUAAAUUCCCCAAACCAUCCGACAUCCGUUCAUUAGCUUAUCUUCCUUGCUUGAUCGCCUUAAAUUCCAAACCAUCCGACAUCCGUUCACACAAGCUAUCUUCCUUGCUUUUCGAUGUCCUGUGCACCUUAAAUUCUAAACCAUCCGACAUCCGUUCACAUGAAGCUAUCUUAUUCCUUUGCUUUCGAUAUGUCCUGUGCGCCUUUAAAUUCGAAAAACAUAUCCGACAUCCGUUCACACAAGCUAUCUUCCUUUGCUUUCGAUAUGUCCUGUGCGCCUUUAAAUUUCAAACCAUCCGACAUCCGUUCACGUUUAUCUUCUUUUGCUUUUCGAUAUGUCCCAGCGCCUUAAAUUCCCCAAACCAUCCGACAUCCGUUCACAAGCUAUCUUCUUUUGCUUUCGAUGUCCUGUCUAUCUUCCUUUUGCUUUCGAUAUGUCCUGUGCGCCUUAAAUUCCCCAAACCAUCCGACAUCCGUUCACACAAGCUAUCUUCCUUUUGCUUUCGAUGUCCUGUGCGCCUUAAAUUCCCCAAACCAUCCGACAUCCGUUCACACAAGCUAUCUUCCUUUUGCUUUCGAUGUCCUGUGCGCCUUAAAUUCCCCAAACCAUCCGACAUCCGUUCACACAAGCUAUCUUCCUUUUUUUUUGAUGUCCUGUGCGCCUUAAAUUCCCCAAACCAUCCGACAUCCGUUCACGUUAUCUUCCUUUUUGCUUUUCGAUAUGUCCUGUGCGCCUUAAAUUCCCCAAACCAUCCGACAUCCGUCGGCAUCCACACAAGCUAUCUUCCUUUUGCUUUCGAUGUCCUGUGCGCUUUAAAUUCCCCAAACCAUCCGACAUCCGUUCACACAAGCUAUCUUCCUUUUUUUUCUGAUGUCCUGUGCGCCUUUUCUAAACCAUCCGACAUCCGUUCCUGCUAUCUUCUUUUUAAAUGUCCUGUGCGCCUUAAAUUCCCAAAACCAUCCGACAUCCGUUCACAAGCUAUCUUCCUUUGCUUUCGAUGUCCUGUGCGCCUUAAAUUCCCCCAAACCAUCCUGACAUCCGUUCACAUUGCUAUCUUCCUUCCUUUUGCUUUCGAUGUCCUGUGCGCCUUAAAUUCCCAAAACCAUCUGACAUCCGUUCACACAAGCUAUCUUCCUUUUGCUUUCGAUGUCCUGUGCGCCUUUAAAUUCCCAAACCAUCUGACAUCCGUUCACAAGCUAUCUUCCUUUUGCUUUCGAUGUCCCGUGCGCCUUAAAUUCCCCAAACCAUCCGACAUCCGUUCACACGUUUAUCUUCCUUUUGCUUUGAUGUCCUUGCGCCUUAAAUUCCUAAACCAUCCGACAUCCCUAUCUUCCUUUUGCUUUGAUGUCCUGUGCGCCUUAAAUUCUAAACCAUCCGACAUCCGUUCACACAAGCUAUCUUCCUUUUGCUUUGAUGUCCUGUGCGCCUUAAAUUCCCAAACCAUCCGACAUCCGUUCACAAGCUAUCUUCCUUUGCUUUCGAAAUGUGCGCCCAAACCAUCCGACAUCCGUUCACACAAGCUAUCUUCCUUUGCUUUUCGAUGUCCUGUGCGCCUUAAAUUCCCCAAACCAUCCGACAUCCGUUCACACAAGCUAUCUUCCUUUGCUUUCGAUGUCCUGUGCGCCUUUAAAUUCCCUAAACCAUCUGACAUCCGUUCACACAAGCUAUCUUCCUUUUUGUUGAUGUCCCUGUUUUUUGCUUUCCGAUGUCCUGCUUUGAUGUCCUUUAAAUUCCUAAACCAUCCGACAUCCGUUCACACAAGCUAUCUUCCUUUGCUUUCGAUGUCCCGUGCGCUUAAAUUCUCAAACCAUCCGACAUCCGUUCCACAAGCUAUCUUCCUUUUUUGCUUUCGAUGUCCCGUGUGCCUUAAAUUCCCUAAACCAUCCGACAUCCGUUCACACAAGCUAUCUUCCUUUUUGCUUUCGAUGUCUAUUGCCUUUAAAUUCCCAAACCAUCCGACAUCCGUUCACACAAGCUAUCUUCCUUUUUGCUUUCGAUGUCCCCUAUCUUCCUUUUGCUUUCGAUGUCCCGUGCGCCUUAAAUUCCCCAAACCAUCCGACAUCCGUUCACAAGCUAUCUUCCUUUUUGCUUUCGAUGUCCUGUGCGCCUUAAAUUCUAAACCAUCCGACAUCCGUUCACAAGCUAUCUUCCUUUUUGCUUUCGAUGUCCUGUGCGCCUUAAAUUCCCAAACCAUCCGACAUCCGUUCACAAGCUAUCUUCCUUUUGAUUUCGAUGUUCCUAAAUUCCCCAAACCAUCCGACAUCCGUUCACACACUAUCUUCCUUUGCUUUGAUGUCCCGUGCGCCUUAAAUUCCCUAAACCAUCCGACAUCCGUUCACAAGCUAUCUUCCUUUUUGCUUUCGAUGUCCCUGCGCCUUUAA